ACGUUUUUUUAUUUGCGUAGGGUCGCCCUCUUCUUCUUGCGGCACAUUUCAUUUAAAUUAGCUGGUAACGUUAGUAUUCGUCAGCUAGCAUCUUCGAUACGAAUAAGACUGAACUGGUGCAGUUUUUCUUUUGCGCUUUCUUGCUACGCCAUGAUGCGAGUAAUGUUCAUUAUUUUUACUUUGGCCUUUCUGGUUUGCGUCCAGGGGGCCAUACUGGUAAAUAACCCACCCUCACCUGUAAAUGACGGCACAACCCAGCAGGGCACGCCCUCCACCAAGCAGGACACGCCCCCCACCAAGCAGGACACGCCCCUGACCAAGCCGGACGCGCUCCCGAUCAAGCAGGACACACCCCCGACCAAGCAGAACGUGGGCACUGCAGUACAGCUGGACGCUGGAACCCAGCCGGACGCAGGGGCCCAGCCAGACACCCAGCCGGACGCAGGGGCGCAGCCAGACACCCAGCCGGACGCAGGGGCCCAGCCAGACACCCAGCCGGACGCAGGGGCCCAGCCAGACACCCAGCCGGACGCAGGGGCGCAGCCAGACGCCCAGCCGGACGCCCAGCCGGACGCAGGGGCCCAGCCAGACGCCCAGCCGGACGCAGGGGCCAAGCCAGACGCCCAGCCAGAUGCAGGGGUCCAGUCAGACGCCCAGCUGGACACAGGGGCCCAGCCAGACGCAUGGGCGCAGCUGGACGCCCAGCCGGAUGCAGGGGCCCAGCCGGACGCCCAGCCGGAUGCAGGGGCCAAGCCAGAUGCCCAGCCAGAUGCCCAGCCGGACGCUGGAACCCAGCCGGACGCAGGGGCCAAGCUGGAUGCCCGGCCGGACGCAGAUGCCCGGCCAGACGCCCAGCCGGACGCAGGGGCCCAGCCAGACGCCCAGCCGGACGCAGGGGCCCAGCCGGACGCAGGGGCGCAGCCGGACGCCCAGCCGGACGCAGGGGCCCAGCCGGACACCCGGCCGGACGCAGGGGCCCAGCCGGACGCCCAGCCAGACGCCCAGCCGGACACAGGGGCCAAGCCAGAUGCCCAGCCAGACGCCCAGCCGGACGCAGGGGCCCAGCCAGACGCAUGGGCGCAGCCAUACACCCAGCCAGAUGCAGGGGCCCAGCCUGACGCCCAGCCAGAUGCCCAGCCGGAUGCAGGGGCCAAGCCAGAUGCCCAGCCAGAUGCCCAGCCUGAUGCAGGAGCCCAGCCUGACGCAGGAGCCCAGCCGGACGCAGGCACCCAGCCUGACGUAGAGCCCCAGCCUGAUGCAGAGACCCAGCCGGAUGCCCAGCUGGAUGCCCAGCCGGACGCAGACGCCCAGCCGGACGGGGACACAAAGCAGUCUAAAGGAGGUACACUUACAGAUGGGGAUGACGGAGACGACGAUGAUGAUGUGGGAGAUGAUGCUGUGGAUACUGAUGUUGGAGCUAAUGACCCCUCCAAGGAGGUACCAAGGCCCAGACAAGAAGUCCCAACCAUGCCUCGAGAAGAAGAAGCAGAAAGCAGCCACUUAUUGCACGCUUAUUUGGUGUGCACAGCUGUGUUGGUGUCUGUGCUGUACAUUGGAUACCACAACAAACGCAAGAUAUUUGCCUAUGUUGUGGAGGGAAGGAGGUUGAGAAGUUCACGUCGGUCCAAAGCUGCAGAGUACCAGAAGUUUGAGCAGAACAUGUGAAAGUUGCCUUGAAAACAUUGACAAUGCAGAGGACGAAUUGAGAAGCAGAGAAGCAAAUGGACAAGAUUUCCCUUUGAUUUAAAGAACAUAUUGAUUUUAUUUUUUUAAUGAUAUAUUGCUUUAUUUUUAUCCCUUUUUCUUUUGUUUGGCAACAUUUGCUGGUGCUGCAUUUGUCAUUUAAAAAAAAAAGUUUUUAAAAAGGAGAACAUCUUAAUAUUUUUUUUGUUCCUGGAAGCUUGUUGCAUGCCUAUUCAGAGAGUAAAAUGGCCUCACAUUAGGGACUUGUACGAAGGAAAAAGAAGCAUGCCUCUGCCUGCACUUCAUAUUUUAACGUGCUGCUGUAAGGCCUCUGCAGCUUGUCACUUUACUGUUGGUGAAAUUACUGACUACCUGAAGAUACUGACUCAGGAUACUUUUUGAACUCCAGAGGAAAUCAUACACUUUGACCAAGAUGCCUAAGGUUGAUGAAUGUAAGGUGGUAGUUCUCCCUUUGGUGAGAUCUCAAAAGCCACUCAAAAGCCACUCAAAAGCCAUGUUAAUUGUACUGAGAGUGAAACCAGAAAAUAUGUCUGAGGCACAUGAUAAUUGUUAAUGUUGAACAUGUUAAAGGUGUUAAUUGUAAAGGCGUUCUAAGGUUUUUCUUUUUUUUCUGGGUGGGGUGGUGAGGGGGUUAUUUGUCAUUGUUAAUUUGUGACCUGUGGAGUGAUUCAAAACUGUGUAUGGAUUACAGGCGUAACGCCUGAUUAACCCUGAUUUUAAUUUACUGUCAGCACAGGCAGGUGGAGAAUUUGGAAGCAUUUUGGUUCAGUUGUGUAAUUUAAUUUUUAUUUAAUUGUAGGACCACACAUGGCGUACUGGGUGCUGUUGUGGUGUGCCAAAUGUAGUGAAAAUAUGACUGCUCCAUUUUAUUUAUGUCCAGCACUUUAUGCUUUAAGAAGGGUAUUUAAUUGACUAUAGAAAUUCAGGUAUUAUGAGAAGUCUGUUAAUGAAAUAUUUACAUGAAGAUUAAGAUUCUCAAGAUGGUUCCUGCAGUGGUUGUUCACUAUUGGUCCAAACAAUAUAUUUAUAUUAUGUUCCAGUGUCUGCUUUUAACUGUACAGGAUAUCUACAAAGCUAACUUCAAAAAUAAAAGGUGGAAACCAAUGAAAAUAUGCUCUGCUGUAGGUCAGAAUGUGUAGUAAAUGGGGAAAAUGGUAUUUGGUUUUGUUUGGACAGAGGUUUUUGGUCCAAUGUUGGAGUAAAUGUAUACCUAAAUUGAAUACUUUUAUACAGCUGGCCAUGCUAUGGUUUUGCCACUUCUAUUAUGUAAUAUUUCAAGAACAUUGUUCACUAUUUGUCAGUUUUCUGUGGUGGAAGACAAUUUUGAAUAAAUCAAAUUAUUCAAUUCUG